AUGACCGAAAUCCGCCCAGCCCCCGUCGAAGCGCAUGACUUCUUGGACUUUGUCAACCAGGCCCAGUCGCCCUUCCACGCGACCGAACAGGCCAUCAUCCGUCUCCGCAAGGCAGGCUUCCAAGAGAUCAAGGAGAAGGAGAGCUGGAACGGAAUCCUCAAGCGUAACGGAAAGUACUUCUUCACCCGUAACCGCUCUGCUGUGAUUGCCUUUGCGGUCGGUGGAAAGUAUAAGCCUGGUAACGGCUUCUCGGCUGUUGGAGCUCAUACUGAUUCUCCCUGCUUGAAGGUCAAGCCCGUCUCCAAGAAGGAGAAGUUGGGAUACUUGCAGGUCGGCGUUCAGCUCUACGGAGGUGGACUCUGGUGCGUAGAGAUCGCUUGCCUGUCGUGGGAUGUUGCUGGUCGCGUUGUUGUCCGCACCGAGGAUGGCAAGUUGGAGAACCGUCUCGCCCGCAUCGACAGACCUAUUCUCCGUAUCCCCACUUUGGCUAUCCACUUGGACCGCUCCACCAGCGCCGAUGGAUUCAAGUUCAACAACGAGACCCACUUGACUCCCAUGAUCUCCACCGUCACCAAGAGCUUGACUGGAGAGCCUGCUAAGCCUCUUAAGCCUGACACUGAGAUCAACGGUGACAUUCCUCUCGCCGAGAAGCACCAGCCCAUCCUCAUGAGCCUUCUCGCCGCCGAGUUGAACGUCAAGGUUGACCAGAUUCUCGACUUUGAGUUGUGCUUGUACGACACCCAGCCUUCGGCCAUCGGAGGUGCCUACAACGAGUUCAUCUUCUCUGGACGUCUUGACAACCUUAUGAUGUCUUACUGCUCCAUUGAGGCUUUGAUCAGGAGUUUGAAGAACACAGACUCGUUGGCCAACGACCCCAACAUCCGUCUCGUCUCGCUUUUCGACAACGAGGAGGUCGGAUCCAACACUGCCCACGGUGCCGACUCGAACUUGUUGCCCAGCACCUUUGAGCGUCUCAGCUUGGCCACAUACGACGGCGAGGCUCAGGCUAGCAACGCCUCCACUGCCUACUUGGAGGCUUUGCCCAAGAGUUACUUGAUCAGUGCCGAUAUGGCCCACGCUGUUCACCCCAACUAUUCUGAGAAGCACGACGAUGGUCACCGCCCUCACAUGCACAAGGGUGUUGUCGUCAAGAUCAACGCCAACCAGCGCUACGCCACCACUGCUCCUACGACUGUUGUGUUGCGUGAGGUCGCCAAGAAGUACAACGUCCCACUUCAGGAGUUUGUUGUCCGCAACGACAGCCCCUGCGGUUCCACCAUUGGUCCCAUGCUCUCUGCUAAGCUCGGUCUCCGCACCGUCGAUGUUGGUAACCCCCAGUUGAGCAUGCACUCUUGCCGCGAGGUCUGCGGUACCGAGGAUGUUCCCCUUGCCAUCCAGUUGUUCGAGGGCUUCUUUGAGGAGUUCCCCUCGGUCGAUGCUCGCUUGACCGUCGACUAA